GGAUUGCCCGGUCUUGGAGGAAGACUUCUGGGUAGAAGCGGCACACAGGAGCAGAGACACAGUCUUGGCUCCAAUUUCAUCUCAGUGAUGCCCACCCUUUCCGUGUUCAUGGAUGUGCCCUUCGUCCACAAGCUAGAGGGCAACUUGUUAAAGGCCUACAAACAAGAUGAUUGCCCCAACAAGAUGUUCCUAGCCUAUAAAGUCUGCAUGACAAAUGAAGGCCAUCCCUGGGUUUCUUUCGUGGUGCAGAAGGCCCGACUCCAGAUUUCACAGGAUCCCUCCCUGAAUUAUGAGUACUUGCCCACAGUGGGCAUGAAGUCAUUCAUCCAGGCCUCUCUGGAACUCCUCUUUGGAAAACACAGCCAAGCCAUCAUGCAGAACAGGGUAGGGGGUGUACACACCGUUGGUGACAGUGGUGCCUUCCAGCUUGGGGUCCAGUUUCUCAGAGCUUGGCAUAAGGAUGCUCGAAUAGUUUACAUCAUCUCUUCUCAAAAAGAACUGCAUGGACUCGUCUUCCAGGACAUGGGCUUUACAGUUUAUGAAUACUCCAUCUGGGACCCCAAGAAGCUAUGCAUGGACCCCGACAUACUCCUCAAUGUGGUGGAGCAGAUCCCACGUGGCUGCGUCCUUGUGAUCGGGAACAUUAUCGACUGCAAGUUGACACCAAGUGAGUGGGCGAAGUUGAUGUCCAUGAUAAAGAGCAAGCAGAUAUUCCCAUUUGUUGAUAUUCCCUGUCAAGGUUUAUACACCAGUGACUUGGAAGAAGAUACAAGAAUCUUACAAUACUUUGUGUCUCAAGGCGUUGAGUUCUUCUGCAGCCAGUCUCUGUCCAAGAAUUUUGGCAUUUAUGAUGAAGGAGUGGGGAUCCUAGUGGUGGUGGCCAUCAACAACCAGCAGCUGCUGUGCGUCCUCUCCCAGCUGAUGAGAUUAGCCCAGGCCCUGUGGCUAAACCCUCCCAACACGGGUGCACGGAUCAUCACCUCCGUCCUCUGCAACCCGGCUCUGCUGGGAGACUGGAAGCAGAGUCUAAAAGACGUUGUAGAGAAAGCCAUGCUAACUAAGGAAAAAGUGAAGGAGAAGCUCCGGCUCUUGGGAACCCCUGGCUCCUGGGGUCACAUCACUGAGCAGAGUGGGACCCAUGGCUAUCUUGGACUCAACUUCCAGCAGGUGGAAUACCUGGUCAGGAAGAAGCACAUUUACAUCCCCAGGAACGGUCAGAUUAACUUCAGCUGUGUCAAUGCCAACAACAUACAUUACAUCACUGAGAGCAUCAAUGAGGCCGUCCUCUUCACAGAAAGCUCAGAGAAGUGCCUUCCAAAGGAAACAAACCCCUGAUUGGAAUAAAACUUUAGUCUUUGCAAAAA